GCUCACACCAGUGUUAGCCGAGAAGGAAAAUCGUUCACCUCGAGUUUCAGAGCAUUGUUUUUUUCUCUACAUGGAGGAGCCAGGGAACCCCAUUGCCCUGUUGCAAAAAAUUGUCCACGGAACUGGUCUGCCAGAAACCAUGUCUGAGUCAUCAGAACUUCUGAUGCAAUGUGAUGAGGAGGACCUUGAUCCAUGGCAAAAUGGCAACGAUGAUGCUAAAUCAAAUGGUAGUAAAACAAACAAAACACCAUCUGCCGGGUCCCCUGCAGUCUCUUCUGCUGCACAAGUGCCAACAGAGGGCAAGAACGCUGCCUUGCCCAUCGUCAGUGCGACAGCCCUUCCUCUGGGUCAGACACUAGUACCUCAGAUUCAGUUUCCGCUCCAAGUGGCACCUAACAUCACAUCAGGAGUUAGCGCCCCAGGCCAGCCUAUCUACAUUACCUCACCGUCUAUUCCGGUAUCAAGCCCAGUUGGUUCAGCUAUGGGGAAGACAAUAGGAUUCAUCUUGAAUGGUCAAACCUAUCUGACUGCUGGAACGGGCCAUCCACUGAUGGCCCCCAAGAUGAUCUCCCCAGCACAGACCCCACUGCAGGUGCCAGUGACCUUGACCAUCACAGGACCUUCGGGGAUACAGACUGUCAGUGCCAUGGCCACAGCUGCUCUCCCCCAACUCAGCCUUGCCCCCUCAGGCAUUGCGCCCAUGUCCCCACCUCCGAUGGCUGUGACACCCCAGACUGUCACGUCACCCCUGACUGUCGUGACGCCGCCGACUGUCGUGGCGACGCCCCCGACUGUUGUGACGCCCCCGACUGUCGUGCCAACCAGUAUGGCCACUGUGUCAGCAACUCCUUUUAGCGUUACCAGUCCGCAGCCAAAGGCUCCUGUGCUGAGUCCUGGUCCACAGACAGUCUCUGUUGCCAUGAGAAAAGGCUCAACCACAGUCAGUGCGCUGACCACCAACCCUGCUGUGCCUCCACCUCCACCUCCGCCCAUGCUUGCAGCUCCGAGCACCAGCACCUUCCAGCUCAGAGUACCCUCAAGUCACUCCAAAGCGGCAAAGUCUUGUCCACGGUGCAGAUCCCCAUAUAAGAUGGUUGCCUCGCUUCGUGGGUACAUGUGUCUAUGUAACCAGGCUCUCAUGAGGGCCAUUCAAAAGCUAGAACCUACAAAGAAGAAGGAGAAACGCCUCAGUAUCCCCUCACAGAAAAGGCCUCCGGCCUCCAAAAAGCCUCCGGCCCCCGCACCCACCCCCAGGUUUGCACCAAGCUCCUCGGAGGAUGAGGAAGAGGAAGAGGAGGAGGAGGAAGAAGAAGAAGGCGGAUCCAGGCGUUAUGAAGAAGACGGGGAGGCCAGACUGAUCAUGCUGGUGGAGGAUUUCUAUUACGGCUUGGAUCGCGGUGUAGAAGUGGAGAAGACGCGUCCAGAGGAUGCUCUGAUGUUCAAGUGCCACUUGUGCGAUAAGAAGCUCAAGAAUAAUCUCAAGAUGAUGGUGCACACAAAGCAUCACGUAGAGAUGGACCAGCAGUACGAAGCAGAGACCCAGACCACCUGCCAACACUGUUUCCGGAACUUUGCCUCACCUCUGAGCCUGCAGUAUCAUGUGGAGAGUGUGCAUAGCCAAGCAGAGUCCUCCACAAAGUGUAGGAUCUGUGAGUUGGCCUAUGAGAAUGAACCAGUUUUCCUGCAACACAUGAAGAAUUCCCACAAACCUGGAGAGAUGCCAUAUAUCUGCCAAGUGUGUGGAUUUCGCUCCUCUUUCUACCUGGACGUCAUCUUCCACUUCCGUGAUGUCCAUAGCAACACUACUCACCUGCUGUGCCCCUACUGCCUGAAGGUGUUCCGCUCCAGCAGCAACUACCAGCUGCACUACAGCCGUCACCAGAAAAAGUCUGUCUUGCAUUGUGACAAAUGCCGGUUGCAGUUCCUUUUUGUGAAAGAUCGGGCUGAGCACAAGCUCAUGCACCACAACACGCACCGCAAGCCGUACCAACUCGAAGGGCUGAAGCCUGGCACCAAGGUGACAAUCCGCACGUAUGCUGCCAUGCCAUCGAUGCCCAAGCACUCACCCUACCCCAGUGCUAGCGGUGCGCCUCGGGUGAUCGAGGUGCCAUCCAUUCCCCAUCAACCAGAGCCACGACCCGCUAGACAGCCUACACCCACACGCUCCAUCACCCCCAACUCCAACCCUAUCUUCCCCAAACCACUUACCCCAGUCCGAGCGCAUACCGCCAACACCCAGAGGUCCCCUCCCAGUAACCCCUCCCCAACUGCCCGUCUGUCUCCUCUCCCCCCUCCCUCUGCCCUGCCUGUCCCAUCCAGGAAGGUCCCCAGCGCAAGCUUAGCGGACCUGAUGACCAAGUUUGACAAAGAGAAGUCCACGUUGGAAAAGGGGAGCUGUGUGGAGUGCACCUUUGAGAUCCCCAACUUCUCGCAGCAUUACCCCACCUACGUGCACUGCUCCCUGUGCCGCUACAGUACCUGCUGCUCUCGCUCCUACGCCAAUCACAUGAUCAACAACCAUGUUUCUCGCAAGACUGGAAACUUGAGCAAGUACUUGUCCAUGUUUAGACCAUGUCCAAGGGACGUACCGUUGUAUUGUAUGUCAUGUGCUUACACCACUGAAGUGGGUGAUAUGAUGGCCAACCAUCUGGUGGAGAACCCCGACCAUUAUGGAAGCUCCUUCAAAUCUGCAGAUGGAUUCUCCACAGGAUACACAAGGUUUAUCAUCAUACCAAAUGAAGUUCUACAGAAAGGUGCUAGCUCUUUUACCAUCGAACAUCCUGGAAAAGUUGAGCUGUCACCAGCAGGCAAGGCUGGAAAGGCUAAGAAGCUGACACCAGGGACAAUCACUAUCAAGAAAGAGCCAGAGACAUCCCUCUCUAUGGAGCAACUGCAGACUGUGCUGUUCGCUCUGUGCUGCGGUAUACCCCAGGCUGCUGCCCAGUUUAAAACCCCACCGGCCGACAUUCAGUCAUGGCUGAUCGAACGCAAGCAACAGGGGCCGAGCAAGGGUCGCCGCGGGCUGGGGCCCAGAGCAGCCGACCGGCUGUCCGAGUGGGUCCUCGCGCAGCGCGAACAGCAGCUGCCCGUCAACGAAGAGAAACUGUUCCAGAAGGCCAAGGAGUGCGUGGGCGGCAGUGACCCAGGCUUGUCGCACGACUGGGCUGUGGACUUCCUGCUUCAGCACGAGCUAGGGGUGCAGACGGUGGGCGCGACAGGGCGCACGCUCCCCCAGAGCGUGGAGGAGGGCGUGCGCUCGUUCACCCGCUUCAUGAAGAAGCAGGUUGGCGGAGCCCAGGGCUUUGGGCUGGGCAGUGUCGGAGCUGUAGACGAACUGGCUGUGUUCAUAGAUCUGGAACAGUUAGACCAGGUUUCAUCCCUGUCUUCGGUAUUCCGACUGACUGACCCUGGCGAGCCCAUCAUGGACGUGGUCUUGUCAGCGAUGGCAGAUGGAACGCUGCUCCCUGCUAUGGUGUUCCUGAAGGGUGUCCCACCAUCUUGCAUGGCAGCUGUUCCGGCCUCAGUCUUUCUCGAGGCUCGACCGGAGGGUUUCUCAGACGAGGAACGUCUGGAGCUGUGGCUGUCCAAGGUCUGGCGCCCGUAUAUCAACCCCAGUGCGGGGGGGAAAGGCCUACUGGUGAUGGAUCCCUACCGAGGCCACCUGGUUGAUGACUUCCUGGCUUCCCUAAACAGUGCCAACACUCUGCCCGCUGUGGUGCCCAAGGCCUGCUCCUGCGGCCUGCAGCCACUGGAGGCCUGCACGGGCCCGGUGCUCCGAGAGUUCUUGCAGGCGUGCUGGACACAGCAAGUGGCGUCCGCUCCCGAGAACCUCAUAGGGGCGCAGCCGGCCGAGCUGGCGCUUCUGUUGAUCGGAUGGCUGGCGGAGUUGCUACAGGUGCUGGGGGCUCGUCCAGACCUGCUACAGCGGUCUUUUAAAAUGGCAGCGGAGCCUUUGGAGACGCAGGCUGGGGAAGGGCCCGCGGGUCUGGUGCAUGAGCUCACCACGGCACUCCUUCAGUCCAACCAGCCAGAGGCCGAGGGGGAUAGGGAGGCGGAUCGAGCAGUCACCCCUGAAUCCUGGCCAUCACCUUCCACCCGCCGCAAGAAGCUCAAACAUGUAUUUGAGAAAGACAGCGACCUGGAAUCUUUCCAUGGCUUCGAGGAGGCAGAGAUUGGACAUUAAGACAGAAAGGUUAACUCACCAGACAAACCCUGUAAACAGUGGUAACAUAUAUUGUAGAUGUAGACUAGUGGGUAACCAUAGUUUGCUGUGUGGUUAGCCAGACUUUUCUGAUUGUAUGAGCCUAGAUGGGUCCAUAUGUGAUGAGCAAUACAUCUGCCUUCAUAUUGGUGUUGGACUGCACCUUAUGUUUCGGACUUGUGAAACUACUGCUGCAGUUCUUAAUGGCAGAGCCUCUAUAUUAACUAAGAUGGAACCUGAAUACACAACCUUCAAAUGUAAAUAGUUCUUACCAUAUGCUUUAUUUGUAAAUCUGGAAUUUCCUAUAACUGUUUUUGUACCAACACUUCAGUUUAUGUAUCUUUGUCUUUACUCUCAUCCUGAAGAUUUUGUUAUUUAGAUCAAUGUAAAGAUAUCCCGACACAGAAUGGGCAUUAAAAGGCUUGAAGGAGAAACUGCCUCAAGUCCUUUUGCUUAUUCAGUUUGUGCUGCUGUUUCCUUCCAGACUGUAAUAACACUGUAGAAACAACUGAGACGUGUCAAGAAAAAAUAUAUUUUUAUAUCUACAAAACACAAUCCUGAAUUUAAGCUGAAUAUUUUUGCAUACCUACCGUUCAGGGCCCACAACUUCAGAUUCUUUUGCCCAUCUUCCAUACAGAAAUCAACCAGCUUUAACAAGUCACAAAGCUGCUUUUAAAGAUGUCUUUCAAUUUAACUACCCAACAUCUAACCAAGAACAUGCCUUCUAAUAAUCAUAUGGACUUUGAAGCGGUUAAUGUAUUGUGUAUACUCUGAUUCAGUGAGAGACCAUGUAGUGCUCUACAUUAGGUGUGUAGUUUUAUGUUAAAUUACCUAUGCAUUUGUUUUUUUAUUUCUAGGAUUGUAAAGCUCUGAUGACGAUUACACGUGUUGGUUGACCCAAGUUGGUCAAAUCUGAUCAUUACAACUAUAAUAAAGAUUUCUUCUUAUACGCACAUUA